GGCGGUCAUUGGGCGUUGUGAUCUCGCCGCGAUUCCGCGGCCCUGCAGCCGCCGCCGCCGCCAGCGGAGCGCACCGGGCUGGCCGGGCGAGUGGCCAUGGCGGGCGCCGAGGACGGGCCGGGCCAGCAGCCGGAGCUCGACGAGGACGAGGCGGCGUAUUGCCGGCGCUGGGGCGCGCAGCACGCCGGGGCCCGCGAGCUGGCUGCGCUCUACUCGCCAGGCAAGCGCUUCCAGGAGUGGUGCUGUGUGGUCCUGUGCUUCAGCCUCAUUGCCCACAACUCGGUCCACCUCCUGCUGCUGGCCCGCUGGGAACACAUGCCCCUCGUCAUGCUGGGUGUUGUUGCAGGGGCUCUCAUUGCCGACUUCUUGUCUGGCCUGGUGCACUGGGGUGCCGACACGUGGGGCUCCGUGGAGCUGCCCAUUGUGGGGAAGGCUUUCAUUCGGCCAUUUCGGGAGCACCACAUCGACCCAACGGCUAUCACGCGCCACGACUUCAUCGAGACCAAUGGGGACAACUGCCUGGUGACACUGCUGCCACUGCUAAACAUGGCCUACAAGUUCUGCACCCAGAGUCCUGAAGCCCUGGAGCAGCUGUACCCCUGGGAGUGCUUCGUCUUCUGCCUGAUGAUCUUUGGCACCUUCACCAACCAGAUCCACAAGUGGUCGCACACGUACUUCGGGCUGCCACGCUGGGUCACCCUCCUGCAGGACUGGCAUGUCAUCCUGCCACGUAAACACCAUCGCAUCCACCACGUCUCGCCCCAUGAGACCUACUUCUGCAUCACCACAGGCUGGCUCAACUACCCUCUGGAGAAGAUAGGCUUCUGGCGACGCCUGGAGGACAUCAUCCAGGCCCUGACGGGCGAGAAGCCUCGGGCAGAUGACAUGAAAUGGGCCCAGAAGAUCAAAUAACUUCUCCAAGCCUGCCACCUGGUUGCCAACCUUCCCUAGCCCCCAAACCGAAGCCAUCUGCCAAAUUCCAGUCUCUUUGAGCUGGCCCCUCCAGGUGGAGAGGACAUCUCCUGGGCUGGGCCCAGGCAACCCCAGCCCACCCUUCGUGACACAGAAUACUUGAGCCACUGAUUUAUCAUUUCCUUUUUUCGUUUUCUUUCCUUGGCCCCUCCCUAGCCACCUGAGCUGCUGUCUGCCAAGCCUGACUCUGCAGAAAAGGGAGCCCUGCCCUGCCAGCCAUCCCUCGGAUAGAGAGGUGGCCCACGAACUCCCUAUACUCUGCCCCAUGCCCUGCUGGGCAGCCCUUCAGUGUGGCUGGCUUUGGGGCCACUAAGUUGCCUCUGUCUGUCUCUCCUUGUCUGGCCCCAGUGGUCAGGGAGCCGCCAGGCACACCUAAGUGUCCCUGGAGCACUGUCCGCCAUGGCAAACUGAUCCUGGAGGCCUGGGUCGGUGGACAGCCCCAACCACCACCUCCAGCCUAGCCUGUCCACCCAAAAAUGGCAAAGCUCAGCAAGGGCCGGAAGGCAGCCUUCCAGGAGAAGCCGGAAUCUCUGGCCCAAGUCCAGACCCCUUCUCCGCUGCCCCCACCCCCAUCUGCCCACAUGAUUCUAGCCAGAGCUGAUAUUUCCAAUACAAGGAUGUCUUCACAGGGCACAGUCCCUGCAAAGGGUCCUGGUCAUUUGGAAGGGGACACAGUAUCCCCUCUGGCCAGAGUAUGUCAGAGAAGGAAGAGUGGGGCUUUUUUGGUUUUUUUGUUUUUUUUUUUAAAGGUGCUUGCUUGUUUAAUGUAAAUAAUAGAAAGCCUUAAUAUCUUUUCUGUAACACGGAGUAAUAUUUUAAUGUCAUGUUUUGGAUGCACAUAAUAUAUUUAUAACAAAGCAGCAAGAGUCUUACUUAACCUUAGCUGCCUCAUGAUGUUUCCUGGUUGGCUGGGCUGGGGUGGGCGCGGUGUUUAGGAGCCAGAGGGAGCCAGGCCUCACUCCCUCCCCAUUCCUAGCUCCCCCCAACCCAGGCCUCAGGAUGGGGGUUUGUCAUCUGACAGUGAAAUAAUGCUGACAUCUGCUCCAAGCCCUUUUGGAGGGGACCCCCAUUUGGUGCGGAGUGGCCUUCCAUGUCUUCAUGAUGGUAAAGGAAUGAUGGCUGAUCCCUAUUUGUGAAUUCCUUCAGCAGAUGUUUAUUGACACCCGGUGUGUGCCAGGCUCUGUCCUGGACACUGGGGUACAGUGGUGAACAGUCUGACAAGGACCUGCCCCUGAUGGAGGUGCCCUCCUGGGGAGAGAGAGACAAUAAACAUAAAUAAAUGCACAUGGAAAUUCA